AUGCGCGCAAGCUCCAUCAAGCGCUCCCUCGGAGUGGAGCUCACCAACAGCAUCAAGCAGUCGCGUGUCCUUCUCGUUGGAGCUGGCGGCAUCGGAUGCGAGCUGCUUAAAAACCUCGUCCUCACCGGCUUCGGAGAGAUUCACAUCAUCGAUCUCGAUACAAUCGACCUCAGUAACUUGAACCGCCAGUUCCUCUUCCGCCACGAACACAUCAAGAAGCCAAAGGCCCUGGUUGCGAAAGAAGUUGCGCAUCGGUUCCAGCCCAGCGCAAAGUUGGAAGCCUACCAUGCGAACAUUACGGACUCGCAGUUCAGCGUCGACUGGUUUGGGAGCUUCAAUAUUGUCUUCAAUGCGCUAGAUAACCUGGCUGCGCGACGACAUGUAAACCGGAUGUGUCUUGCCGCGGGUGUGCCUCUGGUGGAGAGUGGCACCACCGGUUUCAACGGCCAGGUGCAGGUCAUUGAGAAGGGGAAAACGGAAUGUUAUGAUUGCAACGAAAAGGAGACUCCGAAAUCCUUCCCUAUUUGCACGAUCCGCAGCAACCCGACGCAGCCCAUCCACUGCAUCGUAUGGGCCAAGAACUACCUUAUCCCGGAGCUGUUUGGUCAGAGUGAAGACAACCCAGAGGAACUGGACACUACUGAGGAUGCAGACAAUGCCGAAGAGAUAGAGGAGCUGCGCAGAGAAGCGCAGGCUCUAAAUGAGAUCCGGAACUCCAUGGGCUCCGAUGAUUUCACCAGAAAAGUCUUCGAGAAGGUCUUCAGGGAUGACAUCGAGCGACUUCGCAGAGUGGAGGAUAUGUGGAAAGAGCGCACGAGACCAGACCUACUGGAUUAUGACAAACUCCAGGAGGAAUCUGCUUCCGUGGAACCCACAGUGUCCAUCACUGACCAGAGGGUGUGGACGCUAGCCGAGGACUUCGUUGUGUUUAAAGACAGUGCGGAUCGACUCACCAGACGCCUAAAGGAGAUGCAAGCGAAAGCAUCAUCCGAAGAUGAAGCUCCCGUCAUCACAUUUGAUAAAGAUGAUGUGGACACACUGGAUUUCGUGACCGCAACUGCCAACUUGCGGGCCAAUAUCUUCCACUUGGAAGCGAAAUCCAAAUUUGAUACCAAGCAAAUGGCGGGUAAUAUCAUUCCUGCCAUCGCUACCACGAACGCCAUGACGGCAAGUCUGUGUGUUCUCCAGGCUUUCAAGGUUCUCCAAGACAACCUUGCAAAUGCCAAGAUGGUCUUCCUCGAGCGAUCCGGUGCACGAGCUAUCAACUCAGAUUCUUUGGAUCCUCCCAAACCUAACUGUCCAGUCUGUUCUGUUGCCCAAGGUCGUGUGUCAUUUGACCCAGAGCGUGCCACGCUAGAAGACCUAGUGAAUGUUCUCCGUGAGGAGCUCGGCUAUAGCAAGGAGUUCUCUGUCAUCAAGGGUGGCAACUUGAUAUAUGAUCUUGAUCUGAAUGACCAGCUGUCAUCGAAGCUCUCCGAUAUGGGUAUCACGAACUGGGCCUUCCUCACCGUCGUGGAUGAAGACGACCGGGAUAAAGAUCCUCGUAUCGACCUACAGCUUGUUAUCAGUGCAACACCUGAGCUCUCCGAGGAGUCGAAGCCCGUGGUCUUACAAAGCACCCCAGACAUCCCGCGGAGGCCAAAGCCGGCUCUUAUUCCCCCGGUCGAGGCAGCCCCUGUUACCAACGGCACCUCCGUCACCGGCAAGCGCAAACGUGAGGGUGAAGAUGGAGACGGGGACGAGACCAUGACGAACGGCCAUAUUGCCAAGAAGGUGGCUGGAGAAUCAUCUAACGGCGAUGACAACGACCUGAUCGUCCUGGAUGACGACGAUGGAGCCAUUUUGAUCGACGAUUAG